AUGUGGUACAUUAAUGGUAAUCAAGAGGAAGAGGGCAACAAUAUUAAUGGUGAUCAUGAAGUUGGGGUGAGAAUUUUUUAUCCUCGAGCAGAAGAGCGAGUUCAUCCAAAUAAUAUGGAGCUUUUCUUGAGAUUAAGGGAUGGAUUAAACAGAAACCAUACGCAGCAGCAGCAGCGGAGACUAAGGCAACAAAUGCAGCAGACCUUAAAGAGUCUCCCACCACCAGAAGAUUAUGACAGCUACAAGAAAACCAUAACUACAACUGAAUGCGCCAUUUGCUUGGACGAGUUCCAAAGUGGAGAUUUGUGUCGGGUUCUCCCUCUCUGUAAGCAUAUAUACCAUUUUCGGUGCAUCAAUCGCUGGUUAAUGGACGACCUUACUUGCCCCAUAUGUCGUAGUUCUGUCUGA